AUGGCUUCCUGCCGUGCGUGUAACCUCAAGGUGCUGGUGGCCAUUGUGUGUGGGCUGCAGACCGCCAUCAUUUGGGGAUUGGGCAUCUGGAAGAGUGUAAUCAGGAUCCAGAGAGGUAAUGUCAUCCUGCUGAACAUUUACCCCACAUCAAGCACCCCUAUAGAGUUCUGCAAGAAUGGUGGAACCUGGGAAAACGGCAGAUGCAUUUGUCCAGAAGAGUGGAAAGGAUGGAGAUGUACAAUCAUUAAUUUCUGUGAAAACAGUACCUAUGAGAAUUUUACUUUUGACAGAAUUCCAGUGGGAAGAUAUGGCUCUUCCUUGCAAACUUGUGACAAGAGCACUCUGAAUGUGGGCAAUCCAGUGGCAACCUGGCUGUGCAGUCUUAAUAAAUAUGGAGAGAUAGAAUUACAAAAUGUGUCAAUGGGAAAUUGUAAUGAAAAUCUGGAAACCCUGGAAAAGCAGAUUGUCAACAUCUCAAUGCAGUCUCAAAAUAUUUCUGAUGAAACCAGGAUUUUAACAUCUGAUGCCAGUAAAUUAACUCCUGAGAACAUCACCUCUGCUACUAAAGUGGUUGGACAGAUUUUUAACAUAACCAGAAAUGCUUUACCUGAGGCGAAAAUAGUUGCUGUAACAACAGUGAGUCAACUUCUAGAUGCCAGUGAAGAUGUUUUUCAAAGGGCUGCUGCUGGUGGUGAUAAUGAUGCUACCUUUGCAGCGCUUAUUGAGCAAAUUGAAACUUAUUCCUUGUCUUUGGGCAACACAUCAGUGGUAGAACCUAAUAUGGCAAUACAGUCUGUUAAUUCCUCUUCAGAAGGCACUGUGGGAUCUACAGGUGUUCUCUUCACUGUGCUGAAAGGAACUAGGGAUUCUCUGAUUUCUGGUUCCACAGUUGUAAAGGCAAAUUUGGACAAAUUGAAUCUGAAUGAACAGGCUGAACUUCACAUCUUGCUCAACACCACGAAAACUAAUGCCAAGGCAUGUGGCUUUGUAGUGUAUCAAAACAGCAAGCUUUUCCAAUCAAAAAUUUUUAUAGCUAAAUCACAUUUUAUUCAAAAAAUUAUCUUAAGCAAAACUGAGGAAAAUGUGGAAGAUCAGAGCACUUCUGUUGAAGUGGUCUUUAGUCCAAGGUACAAUGAAAAAGAAUUCCAGCUUCAUUCCUAUGCCUGUGUCUAUUGGAAUUUUUCCCUGAACAAUUGGGACACACAUGGCUGUCACAAAGAAGGAGUCAUUGAUGGAUUCUUGCGCUGCCGCUGCAACCAUACUACUAACUUUAUGGUAUUGAUGAGUUUCAAAAAGGAAUAUAAAUAUCCUGACUCACUAGAUGUAUUUUCCACAUUUGGAUGUGCACUGUCCAUUGCUGGUCUGGCUCUCACAAUUAUAUUACAGGUCAGCACCAGGAAAGUCAGAAAAACCUCAGUAACCUGGGUAUUGGUCAAUCUGUGCACAUCAAUGUUGAUUUUCAACCUCCUCUUUGUGUUUGGAAUCGAAAACUCCAAUAAGAACUUAAAGACAAGUCAUAGUGACACUGGUAAUACUGACUUGAGUAAUAAUGAAAUGUCCAGACAAGACACCGUUGUCAUCUUGAAUCCCACAUGCACUGUGAUUGCUAUCUUGCUGCACUAUUUUGUGUUAGUGACAUUUACCUGGAUGGGACUCAGUGCUGCCCAGCUCUAUUUCCUUCUUAUUAGGACCACAAAGCCUCUUCCUCAGCAUUUCAUUCUUUUCAUCUCUUUAAUUGGAUGGGGAGUCCCGGCUAUGGUGGUAGCUGUGACAGUGGGAAUUAUUUAUUCUCAGAAUGGGAAUAAUUCACAGUGGGAAUUAGACUACUGGCGAGAGGAAAUCUGCUGGCUGGCAACUCAAGAAAGCAGUGGUUUGAUAACAAGUCCAUUGUUGUGGUCAUUCAUCAUACCUGUGACCAUUAUCCUCAUCAGCAAUGUUGUUAUAUUUAUUGUCAUUGUAGUCAAAGUGCUGUGGAAGAAUAAUCAGAAUCUGAAGAGCACAAAGAAGUUUUCAAUCCUAAAGAAGUUUCUUAGCACGUUAUCUGUUGCAGUCGUUUUUGGAGUUACGUGGAUUCUGGCAUACUUAAUGCUAAUUGAUAAUGAUGGCAUCAGGGUCACCUUCAGCUACUUAUUCUGCCUUUUCAACACUACUCAGGGAUUGCAAAUUUUUAUCCUCCACACUGUCAGAGCAAAAAUCUUCCAGAGUAAAGCUCCCGAAGUGUUGAAGUCAUUGUCGUUAACUGCUGGGAGAGUGAAAGUGCUGCCAUCAAUGACCCCACUGAGGCUGUGUGUAAGGAUGUAUAACAUGCUCAGGUCAUUACCAGCCCUAAAUGAACGCUUUUGGCUGCUGGAGCCAUCUAUACUUACCAAGGAAAUGUCAUCGUCUGAAAGUGACCAAGAAAACCCAAGCAUCUAG